UGUAUUGCUGGCCGGACACAACAUGGCGGCCUCCAGGGGAUAAUUCAUGCUGUAUGCUGACACCGGUAGCUGGCUCUCUUCUCGGAUCGUGUUUCGUCUCCAUCGCUGGUGUUUCUGGCUUCCAUCAUGUUUGCCAAGGUCUUCAAAACCAAAUCCAACACAGCCAUCAAAGGCUCGGACAGGAGGAAGCUCCGAGCUGAUAUUAAUUCAUCAUUUCCUUCACUUACCACUGAAAACCUUGCGGAGCUGAUGCCAUCAAAAGAAGAAUUGAAUGUUGUUAAGAUCUAUACCCACAAAGGAGAUGCUGUUACGGUGUAUGUCCAGAACCAUAACCCCAUCAUGUUUGAGCUGGAUCGAAAUCUCUACCCAUCAGUCUAUACUUUAUGGCGCUAUCCUGAUCUACUCCCGGCUUUCACCACCUGGAUGCCUGUACUAGAGAAGUUAGCUGGAGGUGCAGAUCUGAUGUUACCUGGAGUUGUGGUGCCCUCUAGUGGUCUACCUGAAGUAAAACGGGGAACUCUUUGUGCUGUCACAGUGUUUGGAAACAGGGCUCCAGUGGCAGUAGGUGUGGCUACUAUGUCUACAAAGGAAAUGCAGGCAUCAGGGAUGAAGGGGAAAGGUAUCAACAUAUUACACACCUACAGAGACCAGCUAUGGGUGUUUGGUGAUAAGUCUUCCCCUCCAAGUAUUGCUCCACUGGAAGUGAAUCCUGCACCAAAGGAUAAAGAAGAAGAACAAGAUUCCCCCCAGGAAUCUGAGAUCUCAAGAACAAAGGAGGUAUCCCUUCCAGAGUUUCCAGAAAGAGAAUUGGAAACACUUAAUCUAACAGAACAAGGGACUGUUGUUCUCCAAAAUAGCACAGAUAAGGUAGAGGAUGAAGACACUGAAGACACGGGCCAUUGCCAAAGAUCCCCACAAGAAGUUAUGGAUAGCUUACUGAACCAGUGCUUCUUUCAUGCUUUAAAAUAUAAGCUGAAGAAACCUGAUCUCCCAUUGCUCACAAGCACAUUUCUUCGAAAUUACCUCUACCCCUGCUGCCCCGAAGGACAGCAAGUGGACAUUAAGAAGUCCAGCUACAAAAAGCUUUCCAAAUUUUUGCAAACAAUGCAGCAGCGCAAGAUUCUGCAGGUAAAGGAGCUUACUAAAGGGGUGGAAAGCAUUGUGGAUAUAGACUGGAAGCACCCAGACAUCAGAUCCUUUCUUGCACCAGUCACUGAAGCAACCACUCCAACACUUGUGGAAAAUGAGAGCGAGGCAGGAGAUCAUCCAUAUCAACCACCUGAAAUUACCUCCUUGUACGGUAUUUCUGCCAAGAUGCUCCCACUGUUUCAGGAUACUGGACACAGGAAGGGCAACCUCCUCACACAGAGUGAUGUUCGAAGCAUAAUCAUUACGUAUGUGAAAACCAACGAGCUGGUGGACCCAGAUAACAAGAACUUUGUGAAGGUAAACCCCAUACUGUGUGACUGCCUUCUGGACAAAUCGGAAUAUGACGAUGUUACAUUUCUCAAAUGGGACGACCUUCUCACAAGGUGUUUAGAAAGGAUGCAGCAUUCACACCAGAUUACCUUCCCUGGGUCUUCCCCCAUUGUUCGGAAAGGAAACAUCGACCCUAUUGAUAUCAGCAUGGCACAGAGGGGAUCAAACAAAAAGGUCACAAUGAUAAAGAACCUGGAGCUGUACGGGAUGGAUCCUUCUACAAUUGCUAACUUACUGCAGCAGCGAGUCCAGGCCAGCGCCACUUGCACACCCCUCCCAGGUGCAAAAGACAGAGUGCAAGUGCAGAUACAGGGAAAUCAGGUGUUAAAUGUCGGCAGACUUUUAAUAGAUGAUUUUAAGAUACCUAGAAAGUAUGUCAAUGGCCUGGACUUGGCAACUAAACCUGGCAAGAAGAAGUGACAAGAUGUCUUCAUCUGUUCUCUAAUGUCUGGAUUGAAACCAUCAAGCCAAGAACCAGAUCUCCGCCAGCCUAUUAAAAUACUUCCCAUGAAUCACCUGCUAGCGCACAUAGUUUAAGUAGCUCCAGCUGCCUUUAGGAAGGACAGACCUAAGCGAUAGUUCAUAAUGGUUGCAAACUCAUAGCCUCAUUAGCUCAGAGGUACCAUAAGACCUCUCUCCUUUGCAAUGUUAAGGGAUUAAAUUCUUCUCAAGCUUAAUAGAUUUCGAACAGUAGAUUUAUAUGUGAUGGAAAUAUUUAUUCGUAAACCAAUUAACUGCCAUAGAACCUGGUAAUACUACAUAUAAAACUGUGAAUACAGCCAAGUAAAGAACUGGUACCGCAGCUCCAUGGACCAUGGACAUGUUUAGGACAGAGUUUCUCAUCAUCAGUCCUCAAGUACUUCCUGUGAAGGAACACAUGCAUCAACACACAUGCCUUCUAGUAGUAAUGUGAGUUCCUUCUAUUACAUUGGGCUGUCAUGGAAAGCAAAAUUAGUUUAAUGGGGAAAAAAAACAAAAACAUGAGCUUUAACACUCCUUAACACACACUUAAUGAAGCAUCCUGAACCUCUAAAGCACAUCGGCUUGCGGUAGUGCUCUAGGGAUUAACAGUGUGUGUCCAUUUCAAGACUUGUCAUUACUCUUAUAGAGUGCCUGGCUUGCGUCUUGCCAACUGUCAAUGCAUAACACUGUAUUUCACAUA